CUAACAGAAUUAUCUAACGGAAAUUGGGUCUUUUUAAGCCGCUUUUCAUUUAAGCGAUUGAAAUGUCAAACCGUAUCUGAAUAGAAUCAUGAGUAGUUUUUCGAGAAUAGGGGUCGAACAGAUCUCGAGAAGAGAGUUCGUUGAACAUCUGCCAGAGAAGUGAGGCCGAUCGAAGAUACGCCAAACGUAAUUCGAGACGUGCACGUAACGAGCAGCGACCGAUAUCUUGCACGUAGCUGCAAGCUUUUUAUUAUCGUCGCGAUAAAUAUAACGACUAAAUUGGAGGGAGGUAGCGCAUGGAAUUUGUACGUGAAAGCUGAAAGUAUCCGUAACGUGUCUUCCGCGUCAUUCUGCCAACUCUUUUCCACGCGAGAUCUCGAAUCUUUCUAUCAAUUGUGUCACGCCGGUCAGGUCAGAUUCAUCAGACAUUCAUUCUCAUGACCAUCUCCUAGAAAUGACACUAUGAAAGGAAAAGGUCACGACUCAACCACACAAGGUUUUCCGAAGCAGUAUCCCGGCUGUAUAUUAUACAGCAGGAAAAAUUCGGGAGGAACGGCGAUCAUCAGAGGGUCAAGAUCAGGUCGCAGGAUUCUAUUGAGGAUUCUAUUGAGGACUCUCAUGUUUGUCUUCCUGGCUACGUUUCUCUGGAUUCAGCUUCAUGUGAUCAGUUUAACGAAGGAUGAUUCCGGGCAAUCGUCACCGAAUGAGACGCUUUAUUCUCUCGUACCUCAAGAAUUGCAUAGAUUUUUAAAAGAGGGACGUAACUCGUCUACAAGCUUGACGAAUGCUAGUUCAGGUGCACUCACGGAACUGGAGAUCGCGGAAAUCCGGCGCAAGAUUGAACGAGCGAAUGCGGAGCAAAAAGUGUAUAAUGAGGAGGCGUUUGGACCGUUGGCCAGCGACGCACCGAUUAUAGUCAUCCAAGUGCAUACGCGGCUCACUUAUCUACGACACCUUAUCGUCUCGCUUGCGCAGGCUAAGGAUAUCGAGCAGGCUCUUCUUGUAUUUAGCCACGACAUCUGGCAUCCGGAUAUCAACUAUCUCGUACAGAGCGUCGAUUUUUGUCGGGUCAUGCAGAUCUUCUAUCCACACAGUAUACAGACUCAUCCUCAUACAUUUCCUGGCGAAGGACCCAACGACUGUCCGCGAAAUAUUCACAAAGAACAGGCCUUAAACUUAAAAUGCACCAAUGCCAAACAUCCGGAUUUGUACGGCCACUAUAGGGAAGCUAAAUUUACACAGACGAAGCAUCACUGGUGGUGGAAAGCGACUAGGGUGUUCGAACAUUUGUCGGCAACGAGAAAUCACAGCGGAAUGGUCCUCUUCCUUGAGGAGGAUCAUUACGUCGCCGAAGAUUUUUUACAUGUGCUCAGACUUAUGGAGCGCACGUGUAAGCUCAGUUGCGAGAGAUGCAAUGUUCUGUCAUUGGGUACAUAUUUAAAGACGUACAACUAUUUUACGGAUUUUAGUCGUAAGUUCCUCGGCGUCGAUAGCGCUCUGCAGAAAGAGUUGCUUCGAGGAUUAAAGCGGCAGGAGAUAUCGGCGUUGAUGCAGAGACAGCAGAUCGGCAACAGGAUCGGCGACAGUAUUGUCACUACCGUCAACGGCGGUGGUAGCGACGGCAUUAAUAAUGCCGCUGGUAACACGCCCCGUACCGGUAACGAAAGUAUUGGAAGUGGCGGCCGAGGUGGCGGCAACGUCAACAUCGGCGGUAGCGGUGUGUCUUCCACCUACUAUCAGAACGCGAACACGAUGCAAGCGGCACCUGCGUGGGCCUUUCAACUCCUGCCUAGUCUCUACAAUCAUUAUCAGAAGGCGGAAGUGACGCCAUGGAUAUCCAGCAAACAUAACAUGGGCAUGGCAUUUAAUCGCAUUACGUGGAAUAAACUGCGAAAAUGUGCCGCGCAGUUUUGCUCAUACGACGACUAUAACUGGGACUGGAGUCUGCAGUAUAUCGCGCAAACAUGCCUACCGCCUAGUCGAGGCGCCGGGAUAGCGCCUCGGACUGAAUCCGGAUUGAUCACGAUGACGAUGAGAGCUCCCAGAGUCUUUCAUAUCGGAGAAUGUGGAGUGCAUCAUAAGAAGAACAAUUGCGAGUCAACAGCAGUGAUAGCGAAGGUUCAAAAUGUUUUGAAGGCAGCGCGCAAUCAUCUGUUUCCUUCGCAAUUAACGUUGACGAUUGCUGGAACAGCGAAGAAGACGAAACUCCGCAAGGGCAACGGCGGUUGGGGAGAUGUACGGGAUCAUCAGCUUUGCUGGAAUAUAUCUGUAUAUCCAGAUCUAGUUUUGCCAUGAAGACUUAAAAUUGCCAACUUUGAUUGGUUCUAUUAUACAACGUAUUGCAAAUUUGUAAUACGAAAAGCUAUAGUUGAAUUAUCGGAUUUCUAAGGUGAUAAGUCUAUCACGGCAAUCUAGCAAUAUAUUCAACGUUCUUACGGAAUAUUUAAGAAUAUUUGGUAAGAUUGUACACAUAAUAAGGAAGAUUGUUAAAGAAUCUUCAUUACUCCACAAAUCGAUUUCGAAUUGUGCUGAACAUAUUACCGUCGUUGUCAAUCAUGAUUGUAAGACCGCUGUCACUGCCAGAAUAGAAGGUUUGAAAUAGAAGGUUUCUUCUGCGAAUGCAAGUAUUCAUGGACGUUUUGUUGCGAUGAGACGUAAUAUUGAAGCGGACGAAAUAGAAUUCGAUGGUUCAAAUUGGUGCUAUUCUGAAAGAAAACGGUUUUUUACAGCAUAUUUAAUUCGCUAAUUAAUCUGCUAAGUCGUAUCUGUCGUAUAGAUGCAAAACAGUAAAGAUACAAAAACUAUAUCGCUGCAGAUGAAUUGGCGAGAAAUAGAUUUUGCACGGAUAAGAAGCGAAAUUCGAAGCGCACUGAUAAUGUAUCAAUAAAUAAAGAGGAGAUUUACUUACUCAGCAUUACGCUGUUCAUAAAAAUAGUGUGAUAAAAGCAUUGGUAAUAAGACAUCGCGUUUCCUCAAUUUAUCGUGUUUUGAAUUGCUACUCGGAACACGCGUACUCGCUCGAAGAAAGAGUAAUCUUUCAUAAUCUUAAAGGAUGAUAUGCGAAAAUACACGAUAGACAGAUGUGUUUGAUUAAACUUAAAUAUAUAUUAUCAUAAUAUUCUAAAGGCCUAUAUGACAAGAUCGAAUAGGACAAUGUAUUUAAUUUCCAUGUCACCAAUUCUAUGAUGGAAAUACAAGCGAACAUUCAAAGUGUAAAAUUGUAAAACCAAGGCGAUACAUAGAGACAAGAAAACUACACUCUAUAUUUCUGCCAUGAUGACAUUAGCGUCUCUGCUUCUCGAUUAGCUUCUAUCUGUUCUUUUUGAGAUGCAACGCUAAGCAGUGAAUCAGUAUCAUAAUCUCGAUCACAAAAUGCACUCAUCAUAUUCUAGUCAAUGUGUAUAAUGUUAAAGCUGCAGGUAUUUAUUAAUGGAUCGUAGAGAAUAAGCAUAACAAUAAUGAUAAACAUAAAAUUAAGGUUUCACACCUAUUACUAGUGAUACGCCCGUAAAGGCGCUUUAACGUCUUGUAACGACCUCGGGGAUACGAACGUAAUGAAUGUCAUGUACCUUUUAUAUUUAUAACAAUAAAACAACAUGCAACGAAAA